GCUGUUGAGAAUGGUUGGACUUUACCACUCCAAGAAAAAGUUCCUGCUGAGACUAAGGGUGGUGAGUCAUCAGAUGGGAAGUCGUCAACUACCAAAGUACUGGUUGAAAAACCAAGGAGCAUCUGGACCGACAAUGAAAAGCAAGCAGAAGAGGCUAAUUUUCGAGCUUUAUAUGCUAUCAUGUCUGCUGUAGAUCCCACCCGGCACAAGAUAAUAAUUCAGUGCACGACUGCUCAAGAAGCUUGGAGGAUCUUGGAGAGACAAUUUGAAGGCACGAAUGCGGUUAAAACGUCAAAGCUCCAAAGAGUCUCAACUGAGCUCGAUGAUAUCCGUAUGAGGGAGGAUGAAACCAUUGACAUGUAUUAUGCUUGGUUCUGCGACCUGGUUAACCAAAGUGUAAUGCUUGGUGAGCUGGUUCCUGAAGCUAGACAAGUUCAGAAACUGAUGAGAACUCUACCGGAUAGAUUUGGAAUCAAAAUUACUGCCCUAGAAAGCUUUCAGAGGAUUCAGAAACUUGGCAUCGAUGAUCUUCUAAGCGAACUUCGUACCUUUAAAAUCAACCAUGGCUUUGACUCUAUGAGGAUAAGCAAAGGGAAAAGGCUAGCGUUAAAGGCCAAGAAUGUCUCGAAGCUGAAGAAAUUCCAGAAAAAGAGAUUCCAGGGCAACAAGUCCUUUGAAGGUGGUAGGAACCAAAUUCAGCAAUUUGGAGAAAGGCGGUCUGGCAUGCAACUCAAUAAGUUUCAGAAUGCUAACCAAGGAGUAAAAAAAGACCAGUGCCGUGAGUGCAAAGGAUUCGGGCACUUUCAAAAGGAGUGCCCUAAUUUCAAGAAGAAGAAUAAGACAUUCAAGGCUACAUGGUCCGACUCCAGUGAUGACGAAGAGGAAGAAUCUGAGAUGACUGAGAAUUCUAACUACUCUAAUAAUUCGGCUAAAUUCCUUCUUAAUGAGUAUAACUAUUUUACUUCCUCUGUUCAUCUGAAUGAUAACGUAUGUUUGUCCUCCAUACUUGCUUUGAAAUCCACAUCUAACUCUGACUGGUAUUUUGAUAGUGAAUGUUCUCGUCAUAUGACAGGUUUGAAGUCUAAUUUAACCAAUAUUAUGCAUGUCUCCUCCAGUUCUGUCACCUUUGGUGAUGGGGCAAAAAAUAAGGUUCUUGGAAUUGGGUGCUUGAAUGUUCCUGGUCUGCCCAAACUUAAAAAUGUUCUCUUGGUUCAAAACUUGAAAGCAAAUCUCUUGAGUAUCAGUCAAUUAUGUGAUCAGGGUUUGUAUGUGAACUUUACUAAAACUCAGUGUCAUGUGUCUGAUCAAGAAAAUAAACAC